CCCGCCAUGGCACAACCCCCCCCCACAGCACCCCGGAGCAGCCUCUCUCCAGAAAAAGCACCCCUCAGGCAGAGAGAAGGGAGAACGCCGCCGCCCGCCCCGAGCGCUGCGUAUGCACGUCGCGCAAGAGAGAUAAUAGACGACGAAAUGGGCGUGCCCACCUACAAGCCCGUGAUGGACGCAGAGGACGACGCCGCCGCCAGUGCCAGCAACAGCGUCGCUACAGGGUAUCGGCGAGCGAGGGCCGGAACAAUGCCUUCCAACCUCCAGGAAGCCGCUUCCCGGCUCACUCCCGAGGUGGACGACGUUGACCAGCCUACAAGUGCCACAACUGUCACCUCUGAAACUCCCACGAAUCCCGCCUACGCCCGCACUUCUGCUCUCUCCCCGGCUUACCCCCAGACGGCGUCACGCCCCGCUCUGCGGCACACUGCUUCGUCGGCGGCCAAUCUCGAAACUCCAGCGGCCCACGCGCCUAACCGUCUUCGUUCCGGCUCGCUCACCUUGCCGGGUGCCGGUCUAGGUGAUGCUUUCGGACACGGCCCAUUCAGUAAUGCGUGGUUGUCUAACCCUGGGUUGACCACGGCGGCGACGACCCCUGCCAGGAGCCCUCUCGGGCGGCGCAUACAGCCCGCUGAAGAAGACUUUUCGUUCUAUACCUCGGCCUCAGAGUCCGCCGCUAGUCUAGGUACAGACGAUCUCAACUUUUCCACUCUCGAUUACCUCGGUUUGGCCGACGUUUCGGAUCAUCUGCCUCCAGCAAGUAUGUCCGAACUUCGGAGCCAGACUCAGCGCGCCAUUGCCUCCUCUGGUCCUGCCAGCCGUCUUCGAGCAAGUACCGUUUCCAACUUUGCCCGUCCAUUCCGACCCAGCGUGACAUCAAUGCAUUCUUUCACCCAAGAAACAAAUCCUUACGACAAUGGGCAAAGCGAAGAAGAGAUGCUUGCGAGAGCGAUUGAGAACCUUGGCGUGUAUGACACGUCGUCGUACAUGUCUAACCCUCAAUUGGCCAACCUCUACCCACCAACCAAUCUGUUCAAAGACACCCAUCGGCAACGCGCGAGCACAAUCGGGGCCCUUGAAAAUCCGCACCGAAGAGGGCUCAACCGGUCAGCGAGCUACCUCGCCAGUAUUCCCCAGUCUCCUAUGCAGGCUGAGCUGGCAGCGCUUGGUGCGUAUGGUUAUGCUGCAAGAUCAAGGGACUCCAGUCGUGCUGGCAGGCUUUCCAUUUCCUCCCAUACUAGUCGAACUGGUACCCCAGAGGAUAAGGGAUCCUCGACACCCCAGGUACCCACAAGAAGCCUGUGGAUCGGUAAUCUGGACGUUAACGCGACUAGCAACGCACUGUUUCAGGUGUUCGCACCCUAUGGUGCCAUCGAGAGUGUCAGAAUGUUGCCAGAAAAGACCUGUGCAUUUGUCAAUUUUAUGGACAAGGUUGAUGCCAUUCGAGCUCGAGACGACGUUUUGAAUCGCCUUGGUGGUCACGUAUCUGCUCUCUCCGAGACCGCUCCCGUGCGCAUCGGUUUUGGCAAAAUUGAUUCUGCACCCAACGGUCCCACUGUAAGCGCUGUUGCACCCGCUCCACCCGGUCUUGUUUUCACUAGUGGCCCACCUCUUUCCGCUACUCCCAUCGUUUCAAUGUCCUCCGCCCUCACUUCCAUCCCGGGUCCUGGUGCGUCGGUGACCGUCCCGCCCCAAACUGCGACCAACAUGAUAUCUUCGCCUGACCAAAACGAUCAAACCAGCGCACUUCCCACUAGGGCUCUGUGGAUAGGAAGCAUACCGAGCACGACAUCGGCCUCUACUCUUCUGCAGAUAUUUACUCCCUUUGGGCCGGUUGAGUCUUCGCGUGUGCUUCAGAACAAGUGCUGCGGAUUUGUCAACUUUGAACGGCUCGACUCUGCCGUCUCAGCUCGUAAUGCACUGAAUGGACGCGACAUCCUCGGCUCCGAUGUGGGACCUAUCCGCAUUGGCUUUGCACGUGUCCCCACCCGCUCCCCUACAAUCUCCACAGCCCAUUUGGGACUUCCUGCUUCGCCUAGCGACUCACCCACCAAACUUGGUGAUGCGCUUAACAGUGUCCUGGGUGCAACCUCUGUGUCUACCGAACAGCAAAUGUCUGUUGAAGGAGGAGGAUUGGAGAAUUAUAGGAGCCCGUUGGUGCUCGACCUGGUCAAGCAAGGUGUUCAUGAACAGGUGCUUGAGAAGGGGUUGGCAGGGGAAAAUGGCAAUGUUUCAGACCAGCAGAUGAUCAUGCAGGUCCUGAGUAGUCAGCCGGAUGAAGAUAGUGACAUCAAAGCUGCAGCUGAUGCUCGUCCACCUGCCACUUAUUAUACCUCCAUCCCCCCUCCCGCUGAUCGAUCUAUGAGAAGAUUCGACACUGGUAAACUUAAGGAGGUUAGGAAGAAGCUUGAUUCUGGGCAAUGUAGGCAGGACGAGAUUGAUGAAAUCACCAAGGACUUGAUGGAAGACUGUGCAGAGCUUUCAAGCGAUUUCAUCGGUAACACCAUCAUACAAAAACUGUUUGAACGCACUUCUCAUGCGCUCCGGAUCGCCAUGCUUGAACGCAUCGCCCCUCAUCUCGCUACCAUCGGUGUUCACAAGAAUGGCACGUGGGCUGCCCAAAAGAUUAUCGAAUGCAGCUCCACGGAUGAAGAGCGCGCCAUCGUCGUGAACAAUCUGAGGCCAUUUGCCCCCCCUCUGAUGUGCGACUCUUUGGGUAACUAUGUCUGUGCUGGCACCUUGAGGUUUGGGGAACCGUUUAACCAUUACGUAUUUGAUGCGAUGAUCGACAGAAUGUGGGACAUUGCGCAGAAUAGGUUUGGAGCGAGGUGUAUGAGAACUUGCCUAGAGAGCCCCUACACAAGUCUGUACCAAAAGAAACGAAUUUCCACCAGUAUUAUCCUGAAUUCAAUCCCUUUGGCCACCAACCCCAAUGGUGCCCUUCUUUUGACCUGGCUGGUGGAUUCGUCGAAUCUUCCGGGCCGGUACAAUCUGUUGGCGAAUAGAUUUAUCCCGCAUAUUGCUCAUCUCUGCACCCAUAAGCUAGCCUCUCUGACUGUCCUGCGCAUUAUUACCCAAACUACUGAGCCGCAAGCCAGCACCAACCUUGUUCAAGCUAUCUUUACGUCCACCAAUGAUCAGACUCUUGUAGAAAUUCUGUCCGACGCUAACAACGGUAACCAAGUCAUUGGCAAAAUCAUUGCUGUCAAUACCAUCGCAGAGGAUCAGAAGAAACAAAUGGUCGAGGCUGUCCGUCGGGUUUUACCGAACAUCAAGGCAUCGACAACUCCGCCUUACCGCAUGUUGCUCGAAGCCGUUGGCUUGCCCGUUCCUGCGGGCUAUGCCAGUGCUUCCCCCUUUGGACGAAACCCGACACCUCAAUGGCAACCCAACAGACAACAACAAUUUGGUCAAACUUACUAUCCAUACCAACCAGUAAACGGUGCUAGUUAUCAAGCUGUCAAUGGAUUGGGCAACCUUUCGCCAUUGUUGAUUCCUCAAACUAUGCCUUUGGGCCAAAUGAGGGGAAAUCCUCAACCGGGUAAAAGCCCAAGGACUCCAGCUGCUCGACAAGGAAGGCUGAGUAGUCCCGGUUCCAUGAUGAGCCCUGCAUCGGAUCCUUUCAAUCCCUUCGCUUCCCCAAGCAUCGAUUUGCAAUACCCUAGUCAAGGCAGUAUGCGCAUGGGUUCCACGCUUAGUCAACCCCCAGUUACUUUUGACCAACAACCUGCCGUUGGCGGAUUGGGAAUGGGCGGGCAAGGGCAGGGUAAUGGGAUGAUGUACUAUGGGCAACAAAGUAGUGGGUGGUAACCGGUUCCAAUGCCUGUUGCGGCCAAGCUGGUUAUUACCAGUGAAGGAGGCAGGACUUCGCAAUCUACUCACCAAGGCGUUCAAAAACGGAUUCGAAAACUCGCAUACUGCAUGAUUCAAUAUCUCAUCUGUAAAAAAGCCACUUCUCUUCUUUUUCUCUUUCAUCUCCUACUUGUAACUUUCGCCGGGUGCGAAAGAAUGAAAUGACGUCGAAUCAACGAGAAAAAGACAAAAAUUCAAACUUCGGGCGACAUCUUCUUUAACGCAAUAUCUCAAAAGGUCUAGGGCAGUUGAAGCGGUUGAGGCGGUGUGACUAUAUAUACAAUAGAUAAAACAAGAAAAUGAAACUGAGCAAAUAUAUGCAUUACUGACUGUGGC